AUGGAUCGUGAACCAUGUCCUUGGCGUAUAGUUGACGAUUGUGGUGGUGCUUUUGCAUUGGGAACAAUUGGCGGUUCAUUAUUUCAUUCGAUAAAAGGAUUUCGUCAUGCACCAAGUGGACAGUACCGUCGAUUAUUAGGAAGUCUGAAUGCUGUUAAACAACGUGCGCCACGUGUGGGAGCAUCAUUUAGUGCAUGGGGAGCAAUAUUUUCGACCGUUGAUUGUAGUUUUGUUUAUUUGAGAAAAAAAGAAGAUCCAUGGAAUUCGAUCAUGAGUGGUGCAUUUACAGGAGCUAUUUUACAAGCCAGACAAGGACCAUCAGCAAUGUUGGGAUCUGCUGUGAUUGGUGCGUUUAUAUUAGCAAUGAUUGAAGGAACGGGUAUUCUUAUUAAUCGUUAUUCACAAAUGCUAACGGCACAACAACCACUAGACGGAGGAGAACCAAUGGAUCCUGACAAGGGCAAAUGUGAUGACAAGAAAAUUUCUCGAAAUCAUGCUGAAAUAUUAUUGAAAAAUGAUGACUCUGUUUUCAUUAAGCCAACCCAUGUCAAUCCUGUGUUUUAUCGAAAAAAUGGUGGACGUACUUUGACAUUGACGAAAGAUGUUGAGCAACAAUUGUUCGAUAAUGAUGAGAUUGGUUUGUUGCCGUCCACAUUUUUUUUUCGUGUUCAUAUCAAAUCAAAUGAUGAACCUCUAUCGACUGAUGAUAAUAACAAUGACAAUCUGAGUUUGUCAUCAACGGUUAAUGAGAAAGAGACAAAAAUGAAAUCACCAGCAGCUGCAGUGUCACCAUCAACGAUAAUAAAAACACCUACAAAGCGAACUUAUCAUAAAGUAUCCGACGAUGAAGAUGAACAGAAUUUGGAUAAUGAACGAUCUGUAAAAAAGUCUCGAGCCAAUAGCGACGAUGAUUAUAAAAUAGAUUCAAAUCAAAAUGACGAAAAUAAAACUAAAACAGAUAGUUUUAUGGAUACGACAGAAAUACGACAUGUUGAACAAAUUAUCGAUGAUCAGGUGAAUUCGACAAUACAAAAAAAUGUAAAUAUACGUUCAAGGAGCCCAGAUGCUAUACCAAAAUCGAAUGGAAUUAUUCAUCGUGUUACCACUGAUGAUGAUGGUAGAUAUAGCAAAGAUCGUGAUCAAACCAAUCGUGUAAGACGAUUACCUGCUUGGAUGACUAAUACUCCAAUUCAAACAUCCAAGCCAGAUCCAAUAACACCAUCAAAAUCUCGAGUCGAAUCAACAACGCCAUCGAAAGUGAAACCACAAACACCAUCGAAAGUGCAACCAUCAACGCCAUCGAAAGUGCAACCGUCAACGCCAUCGAAAGUGCAACCAUCAACUCCAUCAAAAGUUCAAAUAACAACACCGUCAAAGGCUCCAGCAACAACACCUUCGAAAGUUCAACAGACUACACCAUCAAAACCUCGAGUUGAACCAGAUCAGAGAAAAAGCAAUAUCAGUGAUCGAUCAGUAUCAUUUCAUGAUGAAUUUAUGUUUGAUGAUGAUGAAAAUGUAUCGCUUAAACAUAUAAAUAAUAAACCGCAACCAACAGUGUCACAAAACGGAGUAACAUCGAAACAAAUGAGCCCCUCUGUUACUACAAACGUUUCCAAUGGCUUCGAUAUUGACGAUGAUGAUGAGAAAAUAGAUAAUAAUGAUUUUGAAGAAGAUGAACCAGCGCAAGAUGUUGGAAGUAAACCAAUGUGUCCUUUCGGUGCCUCUUGUUAUAGAAAAAAUCCACAACAUAUUGAGGAUUAUUCGCAUUAA